CCGACUGAGCGUGCGCUGGUCUGUGUAAACUAGCCCGGCUGGCAAUUGACUUCCUGGUUGCUAGCAGACCAACAUGUUUCACUAGUUUGAAUUCAAACGCCCGUAGAUGCGCUUUAAGGUGCCACCUCUGCUUGGCGGUCUACUGUCAGUCUGCAACUCAUCAUCACUCCAGGCUGCACAAACGACUGGUUUUCCAGCGGAUUUUCGCAAAUAAUGGCGCUGGGUACUCCUGCUUGAAUGCACUUUUAUCUGCCUUUUGCCCCUGACCGAGAAACAAACACAUGCCAAACUGGUUUGCGUCAAAGUAUGAACUUACCAUCCCCAUGAACAUUUUGUUGUUGCUUCCAUGACAGGGGCGCGUUGUUGACAACAAGGCAGCGACAGCUUCAUUUUGCUGCUUGGACUUUGUUCGCACAAAAAAGGAGGUCAAAAUGAGUGCGGAUGGGGGUGAGAAAUCCACAGCAGACCUGAUGAGCAGGUACGUCUCCAAGGAAGAGGGCCACCAGGUGCCUGCGGAGGGAUGGCGCAUUUGUUUGGCCCAUGAAUUCAAGGAAAAGAGGAAGCCUUUCCAAGCUAAGGAUGUGUCGCUUACAAACAUUGUUGAGCACUUUGGACUUGGAAUCAGGUAUUUAAAAUGGUGGUACAAAAAGACACAAGUGGAAAGGAAGGCACCAUUCAUCGAUAUGUUUCGUGCGCAACCCUUGCGUCAAAUAUAUGGAGCACCGCUUGGAGGCAUCGGAGGAGGUACAAUCACUCGAGGUUGGAAGGGGGAGUUCUGUAGGUGGCAGCUGACCCCUGGGAUGUACCAUUACAAAACUGUCACCGCCAAUCAGUUCACAGUGUGCAUUCGCCGCGAGGGUCAAACCGUUUACCAGCAGGUGCUCUCUGUGGAGCGCCCUCCUACGCUGCAAGGCUGGAACUGGGGUUACUGCGGCGAGUACGCUUUCUAUCACGCCUUGUACCCACGCGCCUGGACUGUCUACCACCUCCCCGGGCAAAACGUCACACUCACCUGCAAACAGAUUUCGCCGGUCAUCCCUCAUGACUACAAGGACUCCAGCCUACCUGUGGCGGUGUUUGUUUGGAACGUGGAGAACAAGAACGACUGCGCCUUGGAUGUCACCAUCAUGUUUACCAUGGUCAACGGGUCUGGACACAAGGAUGACAAAGGGGGAGGACACUGGAAUGAACCAUUUCAUCUCGAAAAGGAGGGGGAGGCGGUGUCUGGAGUCUUGCUACAUCAUUCGACCUCUGUGAAUCCUUAUACUUUAUGCAUCUCUGCACGAGAGCAGCCUAACAGGGAAAUCAGCCAUCAGACUGCAUUCAGUCCAAAGGGAACCUGCAGCAGUUUGUGGAGUGACCUCAUCACUGAUGGACGCCUAGACUCUCCCACAGGAUCCAGCCCGCCGACUCCCAAAGGAGAGAAGGUGGCAGCAGCAUUGGCUGUUGGCUGCUCUGUGUUGCCUCAAGGCCGGAACACACUGGAGUUCUGCCUGGCGUGGGACAUGCCCAAAAUCAGCUUUGGGUCUCGGGAGAAGGAGCACCACAGAAGGUACGCUCGUUACUUUGGAAGCAAAGGGGACGCAUCGCCUUCGCUCAGUCACUACGCCCUGACUCACUACACAGAGUGGGAGAAGAGCAUAGACCAGUGGCAAACACCAAUACUGCAAGACCGUUCUCUCCCCUCCUGGUAUAAGUCAGCCCUCUUCAACGAGUUGUACUUUGUGGCCGACGGAGGGACCGUGUGGACCGAGUUACAGGAGGAUGCUGACAUCAGUGGCGGCGUCCGCAGCGAACAUGGAGGGCUGCCAGCUCAGCCUGCCGUCAUUAAAGAGUAUGGCCGCUUUGCCUACUUGGAAGGUCAAGAGUACAGAAUGUACAACACAUACGACGUGCACUUCUACGCUUCUUUUGCACUGAUCAUGUUGUGGCCCAAACUUGCCCUGAGUGUGCAGUAUGACAUUGCCGGCAGUGUGGUCCAGCAGGAUGUCACCGAAAGGUUACAUCUGAUGAGUGGCCAGUACGCUGCAGUCAAGGUUAAAAAUGUGGUGCCUCACGACAUCGGAGACCCAGAUGAUGAGCCGUGGCAAAGGGUGAAUGCCUACCUCAUUCAUGACACCGCCUACUGGAAGGACCUGAACCUGAAAUUUGUCCUGCAGGUCUACAGGGAUUAUCACCUCACCCAGGAGAGAGACUAUCUGCAGGACAUGUGGCCUAUCUGCCAGGCAGUGAUGGAGUCAGAGUUGAAGUUCGACCUCGAUGGAGACGGCCUGAUUGAGAACUCGGGCUUUGCCGAUCAGACAUAUGACGGCUGGACAGCAACUGGCCCAAGCGCCUACUGCGGCGGAUUGUGGUUGGCGUCACUGUGCGUCAUGUGCAAGAUGGCUACACUGGUGGCCGACGAGGAGGCCCACCAACAUUACAGAGACCUCUUGGAAAGAGGCAGCGCCGCUUUUGAUAAACUGCUGUGGAACGGCAAGUACUACAAUUAUGACUGCAGCGGGAGGGACCUUUCAAACAGUGCCAUGUCCGACCAGUGUGCCGGCCACUGGUUCCUGAGAGCAUCUGGGCUUGGAAAAGGAGACUUCCAGGCAUUCCCCAAAGACAAAAUCCGCACUGCACUCCAAUCUGUUUACGACUUAAAUGUCAUGAGCUUUGCUGGUGGUCAGAUGGGUGCGGUUAAUGGCAUGAGACCGGAAGGUGUACCAGACCGCUCCAGUGUCCAAUCGGAUGAGGUAUGGAUCGGCGUCGUAUACGGGCUGGCUGCCACUAUGAUACACGAGGGGAUGCUGGAGGAAGGCAUGCGCACAGCAGAGGGUUGCUACCGCACGGUGUGGGAGAGGCUGGGCAUGGCCUUUCAGACACCAGAAGCCUACUGCGAGAAGGCUAUCUAUCGCUCUCUCGCUUACAUGAGGCCGCUCAGCGUGUGGGCCAUGCAGCUCGCUAUUGACUAUUCCCGUGAGGAUGAUGACACGUCGGCAUCCCGGGGGGCCGGCCUAGAGCAGUGUUAGCGGCACAAUCAUCUCUGUUAAGCUAUGUCUGCAGAUAAUAUUGUUACUUGACUUUGGUUUUACACUGCAGGUUUUGUUUCAAUCACAGCCUCUCCACACAAUAUACUGUACAACCGUAUUUUGCACACACAUCUGUAUCUUAAUAUCAAGACUGAUUGCUUUCAUUGGUGCUUGUGAAUAGAGGUUCAUGUUUUGGGCCAGAAGCUAAGAAACUUGAAGUCAAUUUUGAUAUUUUAUAAGCUUUCACCUGUAGAUGUAGUAAUAUAACCACACAUAAAUAUUUGAAUGCUGUACUAGGUCAUGUACAAUUGAGUAGUGGGUACAAAUACAUCUAUUUUUCUGGUUUAUAUACGAACAUCAAAGUAGCUGCAAGCCAGACUGUUUGAAAAAACCUGCAAUCAUGACAAUCAUCCUGAAUAAAUCCUUAACUAUUUACA